AUGUCCGAAUCCUUUCCCCCAUCCAUGACAAAAGAAUUUAUGGCGCGAUACGGCCAUCUGCCUAAAGAAUUCCUGCCGUGGCGCAUGGAUCCCAAGAACACUCAAACUGCGAAAGAAUGGCGUAUAGCGCUCACCCAGCAGUGGUUACCGGCGCCACACAUCCCCCGCGGACUGAAACUGCGCAAAGGUUACCACCUCCAACCUCCCCGCUUCAACUUUGGUUGGGCCAUGGACAAUGACACCACACGCGAAAUCGCGCACAGGGGCGGAUUCCCCGCAUUCUUUCCCGACUCGAUCGAGUCGUCCGACCACGGACCCAUCCUCAACUGGCCCGCUGCCAACCAGCUCCUCCGGGGCGUCCUAUCCGACAAGUUCCCGGAAAUCGCCAAGGAGGUGCCAGGCAUCCGUACUGGCACAGUCGUUGGACCAGAGGGCGAGGACUGCACCAUCAUCAUCCUCACUGACAGCUUGCGGAACGGGAAUCGCAAGCCCAAGCAGGAGCACAUCGACACGCUCCGUGAGUUCUUUGGGAUUGGGACCAAAGCGGAGGGUAAGUCGGAGCCGUAUGGAGGACUAGAGCCAAUGUGGUGGCUCGACUCGUUUUACCGCAGGUGGACGUGGCGUUAUUCUUGGCAAUAUGAAGCUGAGAAUGGGUUGCGCGACGCGAAGAGCUUGUUGGGCGAUACUAUCCGCCUUUGAAUCACGUUCGGCCCCCCUGUCGUUUCGUUUGUGCGGUUGUAACUUCACAGUUUGGGUAUUACUUGUUGUAUAUACAGGAAGACGUUUGACCAACGAGAGAUUGCCUUAUACCUUCGA